AUGGGUCGCGGGCGCGAUAGCCGGCAGGCGUGGGACGAGCCCGACCGACGGAAUCAUCGCGGCGGUGGUGGUCCCAGAGACCGCGAUGGUAGACGGGACGAUCGCGACAGAAGAGACGACCGUGAUAGGAGAUACAGAUCCAGAUCGCGCGACCGGCGCGACGACAGAGACCACCGCCCUAGAUCCAGAGAUCGCGAGAGAGACCGUCUACGCGACGACCGCGAUGGAGGUCGGCCGCCUCGCAGAGAGCGUGGUGGGUGGCAGGGUAGAGACGAUAGGCGUCGCAGAGAUGACGACUUGCUUGAUGAGAGGCCGCCUAGGCGAACCGAUGAUGACGAGGGUCGGAACACUCCACGCGGCAAAGACCGCAGACGGUCUGCUUCUCCCCGUCGAAGUGGUAGCCCACCUCUUGCCCGCCGCGACCCGGUCAGCUACACCGAGACCCUACCCACACGCACAGCACCCAGAGGGAAGAAGGAGCAGCACACCAUGUCCUUCAAGGUCGGACGCCACGAAUCCCCAGAGGUUGAGAGCGGACGUGACAGCGAGCGCGGCGACACGCCGAUGACAAACGGGGGACGGGACGACCGCCGCGAGGCUGCCGACGACGACGAGCCCGAGCCUGAGGUCGAGGUCGAAGACGAUGACAUGGCCGCCAUGCAGGCUAUGCUGGGUUUCGGCGGCUUCGGCACGACCAAGAACAAAAAGAUUGCAGGGAACAACGUCGGCGCCGUAAGGAAGGAGAAGAAGACGGAGUAUCGGCAGUACAUGAACCGGCAGGGCGGUUUCAACAGGCCGCUUAGUCCCUCGAGGUGA